CGUUAGCAAUCAGUACCGAUUAGCGAAAUAUGCGGACUGGAAGGUUUCUGGUUAGUAAGGUUAACUUUCGAUUUGGCCAAAUUACCAAACGACGGUUUGGUUGAUCAACCGAACUGCUACAAUACGAUUCACCAUUCAGUCUGGAUACGCUUUAUAAAUUCGAACUCAGUUACGUUUGGUCAUCCAGUGAAAGAACACUUGAGUUUGGUAGGAUAGAACCGGGAACCUGAUCACCAUGGCUCUAGUGUUGCGUCGAGUGUUCGAUGAAUAUCAUCGCUACAUGACCGAGUACCGGGAUACUCGAAGUCUGGAACUGCCCUUAGUUGGGUCACCAUGGCCUGUUCUGACCAUUGUUGCCGUAUACCUCUAUAUAGUUUUAAAAGCGGGUCCAAAAUACAUGGAGAACCAGAAAGCGUUCGAUCUCAAAUACGUGAUACGGAUCUACAAUGCCGUGCAAGUUGCCGCGAAUGGGAUAUUGUUCUUGAUCAUUCUCUACUUACUAUCAAUAAGAAGCUCCUUUUCCUAUCUUUGUCAACCGGUUAACUACGGAAAAACCCGUGAAGGCUACGAGGAAAUGUACAUAGCCUACUUUUACUUCCUGCUUAAGGUACUCGAUCUAGCAGACACUGUAUUUUUUGUCCUUCGGAAGAAACACUCACACGUGUCUUUCCUUCACGUGUACCAUCACGCACUCAUGGCGCUGGUAACAUAUUUGGCAUUCAUUUUCGUUCCCGGGGGCCAUGCCGUCAUGUUGGGUGUCUGGAACACAUUGGUACACGCCGUGAUGUACUUUUACUACUUCUUGGCAUCCUACGGGAGCCAGCAUUCGAUUUGGUGGAAAAAGCAUCUCACCCGCCUGCAGCUGCUGCAGUUCAUUCAUUUGGGUCUUCACUUUGGAAUACCGGCAUUGUUUGGAAUUGACUGUGGAUUCCCGCGAGUUUGGCUCUGGGUAGGAUUCCUUCAGGCCGUUUUCAUUCUUACCAUGUUUCUGGAUUUUUAUUUCAAGUCAUACGUGCGAAAUCGAAAGAGCAGCCGGAAGGCCUAGGUUAAUUAUGUACUGUUUGGAAUAAUUACCUUGUGAUAGUGACUAGUGGUAUUUCGAUCGGAAUAUAAAUGAGCACAAAGAAUAAUUUUAAUUGCGGCACCAGUGGAACCACCCUUUUUUCACACUAGAACGAGGUGUUAUAUAAACAUUUUGUAUUAUGUAUGUUAGUGUGAAAAACAUAAUAAUAGAUUGUCAUCGAAGUUGAUAAAA